CCUUCAUUUACAGCUGAUGUGAAAAUACAGAAUGGAAGAGAGGAAGGUUACAUCAUCAGUGGUUUGCAGGAGGAACAUCCGUCGACGUGCCUGCAGCAGCAGCCGCUCUAGGGGCGGGGCUUGUUUGCCAAGCCACGCCCCUGCCUCCGACCAUCAGAGCAACAAGUCACAACCGGUCUGCAGGAUCUCCCGAUGCACAGUGCUGAUCUGCGCUCGUGCCCUCGGGUUUUGUGAUCAUAUGAUGGUGAUAUGCGCUAAUCAUACGUGAAUGAUGGAGAAACACAUCAGCUGCGCUCGUCACGAAAUGACGGAGUGGAGUUCGGUCUGAAGAUGAUGAUGACGAGUGAGGACGUGGGUCUGGUGACGCCGACAGAGCUGACGGACCCUCAGAAGGACGACCCCCAGCGUCCCGCACACUUCAGACAGAGUCUCAUGCUCCAGCUCAUUGAUGAUCUGUCAUAUGAGGAUGUAAAGAAAUGCUACAGGGGUUCAACCGUCAGCAAAUACAACUCACAGUACCACAAACUGUUCUCAGCCGUCCCGAAGGAGGAGAUCCUCAUGAAGGUUUAUUCCUGCGCUCUUCUGCGGGACAUUCUGCUGCAGGGCCGGCUUUACAUCUCUCGAAACUGGCUGUGUUUCUAUGCAAACCUCUUCGGGAAAGACAUCAAGGUUUGUGUCCCGGUGGUGUCUGUGCGGCUGGUGAAGAAACACAAGACGGCUGGACUGGUUCCUAACGGACUGGUCAUCACCACCGACAGCAGCCAGAAGUAUGUGUUUGUGUCUCUGCUGUCCAUGCACACCCUACAGGGAUCUUCAGAGAGACGCCUGGAGGCCGAGAAGGUCCUGCUGACCGAGCCCGAGUCUGAGCUGGGACACAUGGAGUAUCAUCUGCUCAAGUUCUUCAUCCUGCUCAUCAUUCUGCUCAUCUUUUCAUCGUGUUAUCUGGCGUUCCGCGUCUGCAGUCUGGAACAGCAGCUGUCUCUCCUCAACACACAGCCGGCGAUGAGCGUGAGAGAGAGGUAACCCCGGUUUAACCCCGUGCCAACAUCCAGAGCAGCGUCUGUAGACGGUUAAACCAGCUCUAGUCAAGAAGUAGAAGAAAACAUCCAGGAUUCAGGACUGAACAGGAUUACGAAGACCGUUCUGUUACUGAACCCAAACCAGAUAGUGUCUCUGUGUGUGUUUGUUGUUUGUUCUCUAACCAGCACAUGUUUAGUGCACCGCUAGAAAGCAUCAGUGAGUACUUCUGUCUGGUAAACAUGUAUAUUUUUGUAUAUUUUUAAAAUGUAUUUUUUUAGAUAUUUUAAUAAAUCACAAAAUAAGGAUAAAUGUUUAAAAUGCAUAAAUUAUAUUUAUACUUUAUUUAAUGAUUAU